CCGGCGGGCGGGCUUGAGGACCUCAACGUCGACAACGAGUUCGAGGGCACCGUCAAGCGUGUGGCCAACAUCGGCAUGUACGUGGACAUCGGCGCAGAGAAGGACGCUCUGCUCCCAUCGAUGAUGAUCCCGAAGGGCACCAAGUACAAGGUGGGCGACAAGAUCUCCGGCCUGACCAUCACGGAGGUCCAAACUGGAGGCACCCCGGCCACGCGCAAGAUCUGUCUGAACGUCAAGGCGGCCCCUCUGAAGGUGGGGGAGGGCGAGAUUAUCCAGGGCACCUGCGAGGGGACUACAAAAAAGGGCGACAAGGUGGAGCUGAGGGUCGUCCAGAUCGACGGAAACAAGAUCACCGUGUCCCUGGACCUCGAGCCCAAGGCGGCUGGCAUCAAGAUCGAGGAUCUGGUCGAGGGCCAGAAGGUCCAGGGCACCGUUAUCAGGGUCAACCCCCAGUUCGGCCUUUUCAUGGACAUCGGAUCUGAGCGCGACGCCCUGUAUCGUACCAACCAGUCGGAGAAACCCAUCAGCGAGUACGCGGAGGGCGAGAAGGAGGUGGAGGUCUCCGAGAAGCAGAUGCCCUCCGAGUGCAAGGUUGGCGAGGUCCUCGAGGGCACCGUCGAGAGCAUCACCGAGUUCGGGGUCCUCUUCGACGCCAGGCUCACGGUGUCGGUGCUCUGCCCGCGCUCGGUCCUGGGCAAGCAGGCCAGCGAGCACACCGUCGGCGAGGCGGCCGACCUCACCAUCAUGACCAUCGAGGCCGCGACCAACAGGAUCUCUGUGUCCACCCAGGCGGGAGCCCCGAUCUCCGACUUCCCCCGCGGCGCGCAGCCGCUGUCAGAGGAUAACAAGGGCGAUGAGAUCACCAACCUCUUCGUCGUCACGUCUGACGCCGCCAGAUGCCAGCUCGAGGUGAGCUCCAUCGAGGUUCUGAAUAGCCAGCAGGAGGACGAGACGAUGUCCCUGAGCGAGCUCAAGGUCGGCGACACGGUGGAAGGCAAAGUAUCCCGCGUCAUGGACUCCGGCGUCUUCGUGGACGUGGGCGCCAAGCGCGACGCGCUGUACUCGGUAUCCGAACUCGUCAAGCCCAUUGAUCAGUUCAAACGCGGACAGGAGAUGACGGGCCUCAAGAUCAUCCAGGCGGAUCCGUCUAGGCAGCGCCUGGCCGUCUCCUCGAGGAAGCUUGCUGGCGGCUUCUCUGACGGCGAGGUGAUCGAUGGAAAAGUCGAGAAGGUCAUGAAUUUCGGAGCUUUUAUCGAGAUCGGCAGCGGCAGCGGCGUCAAGAUCGGCAACCUGAAGGGCCAGCAGCUCAAGGAAACCGUUCGCGCGCACAAGGAGUACGGCGCCUUCGUCGCUAUCGGCCUGGGCAGGAAGGAGGGGCUGCUGCCCGCGAGCUUCGUGACGGCGAGGGAGGGCAUGUCCAUGGAGGCGCUUGAGAUCGGCGACUCGCUUGACGUGUACAUCGCCAGGCUUGACGUUGAUAAGAAGAAGGUCACCUUGUCCCUGACGGAACCCUCCGAGGACAGCGUCGUGGCCCCAG